ACCAUGACACUUCUCAGUGUGACAAUUUUCGUUAUUUUAUUUCUAGUAGUAGUGACACUUUUUUACAAAUGGAAGUUUCAAUAUUGGAAACAACGCCAAUUACCCUUUCUACCCCCACAAAUACCCUUCGGAAACAUCCCCAAUCCAUUCACCUUCAAAGAAAAACCCGGAAUUUUCAUCAAACAAUUCUACCAAGAAAUGAAAAGGAAAGGUUGGAAACACGGCGGUUUUUACUUUUUUGCAGUCCCAGUGUACAUGGUUGUGGACCCUGUCUACAUCAAGCAAAUUUUAACCAAAGAUUUUCAAUAUUUCGUCGAUCGUGGGUUGUAUUUUAACAAAAAAGAUGACCCGAUUUCAACCAAUCUCUUCAAUGGUGACGCCUCUAAAUGGAAGUCUUUGAGAUCGUUACUAAACCCAUCUUUCACCUCAAAAAAAAUCAAAGCAAUGUUUAAAAUCCUGUUGAGUUGUGAAAACUCCCUGAUAGAUAAAAUCGAAAAAACCAAAACCAUUAAUGUCAAUGGCAUUUUUGCCGACUUUACCAUCGACGUAAUCACAACUUGUGCCUUUGGUUUGGAUCGCAAUGGAAACCAAAAUUUGGCACUGAAACAAUUUGCUGAGAAAACAGUCAAUUACUCGAAAAAUAAAAUGAUUGGUUUGAUGGUAGCUUCAAUUUUUCCAAAACUGGCCAAAUAUUUAGGCUUUGUGAUAAUGCCAAAAAACACACAAGAGUUUUUUAUGCAACUUGUCGCAAAAAUUAUCAAAUUUCGGGARGAAAAUUGUUAYAYCAGAGAUGAUUUUAUGCAAUUUUUGAUUGAACUCAAAAAUGRGAAAAACGCGUUUACACUUGAAGAAAUAACUUCUCAGUGUGUUUUAUUUUUUAUAGCCGGAUUUGAAACGUCUCAUGCCACUAUGAGUUUUGCCUUGUACGAAUUGGCCAAAAACCAAGAAAUCCAACAAAGGGUUAGAGAAGAAUUUUUGACAAUUUUUGGUAAUCAAGGGGGUGAAAUAACGUAUGAGGGGGUCUACAAAUUGAAAUAUUUGGACCAAGUUUUGGAUGAGACCUUGAGGAAAUAUCCAGUUCUGAUGUAUUUGACAAGACGGUGUAUUAAAGAUUAUAAAGUACCACAAGAUGGUGUUGUUAUCGAAAAAGGUACCACUGUGAUAGUACCAACAAUUGCACUUAAUUACGACGAGGACUAUUACCCAAAUCCUGAAAAUUUUGACCCUGAGAGGUUUAAUGAAGAAAAUAAGAAGUUGAGAMCUGCGUGCACGCAUCUAGCUUUUGGAGAAGGUCCAAGACAUUGCAUUGGAAAAAGAUUUGCUUUGGUACAAGUUAAAGUGGGAUUGGUUCUCUUGUUGAAAAAUUAUAAUUUUACAGUGAACCCAAAAACCAGAGAACCAAUUAAGUUGAAAAUAAACUCGUUCAUUUCUGUACCCGAAGAUGAAAUACUUUUAGAUGUAGCACCAAUUGCCAAGUCAAAAACUAAAAUGAUUUUGCUUGGUUUAAGUGUUGUUUUUUUAUUUUUAGCAGUACGAAUUUUCUUUUUCUUGAAAUACCAACAUUGGCACAAAAAACAAAUCCCUUAUUUUCAACCCCAAUUUCCACUAGGCUGUUUAAAUAACCCUUUAGUCAACAAGGAGAAAGCAGGGUUUCUUGUGUCUCGACUUUACAAGGAAGCUAAGAACAAGGGAUGGAAACAUGCCGGUAUUUUCGUUUUCGCUACCCCUAUUUACCUUCCAGUCGACUUGGAUUACAUCAAAAAUAUUUUAACCAAAGAUUUUGAACAUUUUAACACCCGUGGAACGUAUUAUAGCGAAAAAACUGAUCCUUUGAGUGCCCAUCUUAUCAAUCUAGGUGGUACCACAAUGAGGAAAAAACUUAAUCCUCUAUUCGCCCCAAGCAGUUUAAAAAUGAUGUUUCAAACUCUCAAUACUUCUAUUGAAAAUUUGCUUAAGAAAAUUCAAAUGAUGGAAAUUCAAAAAACCGUAGAAAUACACAAGCUCUUAUCUUGCUUCACCAUAAGUGUCACUGCUUCAUGUACUUUGGGCUUAGAGUGCAAUAUCUUCACAGACGAUCAUCUCUUGUUUGAGUCAUACACAAGUAAAUUUUUGGUGUGGUCGCAAGGAAAAUUUUUUAUAGAACUCCUGGCUUCAAUGUUUUUCGACUUGGCGAAGAAAUUGAAACUGAGGACUACACCGAAAGAAACCCAAGACUUUUUCUUUAAAAUUAUGACGGAGAUUAUUAAACACAGGGAAGAAAAAAAUGAUGUUAGACAAGACAUGAUGCAGUUUUUUAUCGAGCAAAAGAAAGCCAAAACUUUGACAAUCAACGAAAUUGUGGCCCAAUGCUUCAUUAUUUUUGUAGCUGCUUAUGAAACCACGGCGAAUACCCUUACUUUUGCACUGUAUGAACUUGCCCAAAAUUUUGACAUACAAGAUAGGGCCAGAAAGGAAAUUUGUUCAGUCUUACUGAAGCACAMAAAACUCACUCUUGAAGCUCUUGCUGAGAUGAAAUAUUUAGACCAGAUUGUUGAUGAAACGWUGAGAAAAUACCCACUAUUUCUCUAUAUAAUAAGACAAUGUACCAAAAACUACACAGUACCUGGCGAAGGUGUUACUAUCGAAAAAGGGACUUUUGCCCUAGUCUCAAUUUUGGGUAUCCACCACGACGAAGAAAUUUACCCAAACCCGCAAAAAUUCGACCCUGAGAGAUUCACUAAAGAGAAUAAAAAAAUAAGACACCCUUAUGCUCAUAUUCCAUUUGGGGAAGGUCCCAGAUUUUGUAUUGGAAAACGAUUUGGUUUAAUACAAAUUAAAUUCGUUCUAGCUGCUUUGUUAGAAAAAUACAAAUUUACCCUAAAUGAAAAGACAAAAGUUCCGUUGGAAAUUACAACAAAUACGCUGAUUGUGGCACCCAAAGGGGAUGUUCUGUUAGAUAUACAAAAGAUAAAUUAGUUAAUAAAUACUG